GAUGCUUCCGGAGAGUCUCAAGGAAAAGGAUUGCAAGCCACAGUAGUGGCUGUGGGAUCGGGCGCCAAAGGACAAGGUGGAGAGAUUCAGCCAGUCAGUGUGAAAGUCGGAGACAAAGUCUUCUCCCGGAAUACGGAGGCACCAAAGUAGUCUAGACGACAAGAGAUGGUGACGUUCUUGGAAAGUGUUCCUGCCAACGGAGGAGGCUGGAAGAAGGUGCCAGAUGUACUGGAACUGGAGUUACAGAUGGUUGUGAGCCACCCUGUGGGUGAUGGAACUGAACCCCGGUCCUCUGGAAGAGCAGUCGAACCAUCUCUCCAGCCCCCAUGGGACCCUUUUUGGCAGCAGGAAGAUGAGGAGUUUGGCUUUACUUUGCUUGCAUCCUUUGUUCUUCUGCCAUCGAAGUCAAUCGUGCUCACAGAUCUGACCACUCAGCAUCUGACCCCACAGCAAGCUAUCCGAGACUGCCACUGCACUCUCUUCUCCGUUCCUUCUGCAUUUACCCUAAGGGGUGCCUGGAAACAGGGAGCAUCCAGCAGCAUCUCUCACCCGAGGACCAGCUGUACCUCUGAUUCUGUGCUCCAGCUCAAGGACCGGCAGAAGGCAUGGCACGGGAUGUGGUCUGGCUCCUUUUCCUCCAGCUCGUCUUACGGCCAACUCUGGUGAUAGGCAUCAACAUGCAGACGGCCAUCAAGAACUUCCGCACCUUACACAUUGACUACCCCAUGGUUAAAUACCCGAAGGGUUUCCACGGGUACUGCAACGGCCUCAUGGCCUACGUGAGGGGCAGAUUACAGGACUGGUUCUGCCCUAAGGUCCACUAUGUGGUACACGCCCCCUGGAAAGACAUCCAAAAGUUCUGCAAAUACAGCGAGAGCUUCUGCGAGAACUACAACGAAUAUUGCACCCUCACUCAGGACUCCUUCCCCAUCACAGUCUGCACCCUGGACUCUAAACAGCCACCAACCAGCUGCAGCUACAACAGCACCCUGACCAACCAGAGGCUGUACUUGCUCUGCUCCAGCAAGCACGAUGCUGAGCCAAUAGGUAUCAUUGGCAUCUACUAGGGACGUAGCUCGCAAACCAGUCCCACCUCAUACAGGUCUCUACACGCCACCCCAAAGCCUGUUCCCAAACUCGGAAUCUGGCUGCAUGUCUUCCUGACUUCUGAGGCAGAGCCUCGCCCCCCUUCAGGGUCUUUUCACCUUCUCACCACCCCCACCCCGAGCCUCCCUCUCCCAGUGACAGUAAAACCCACCCAAGAAGCGGACGGUGUCCAGCUGGCAGAGCCUGUCUCUCCACUGGGCCAGAUCCCGACGUCUGGAUGGAGGCCCAGGUCCCAACUCACACCAUAGCAACAGGCACCCAGUUCCAGUAUUUCUCCCUAUCCCUGUUUUUAGUGUCCAUCUCCCACCCUUCCCUUAUAAUUCCUGCCACUCUUCAGCAAAAGGAACCUCCCUACGACCCUGAGACCCUUUUCGCCUCAUAUCCCCCUCUCAGUCCCCAGCCUGCACUUCUCUGUGAUCCCCCCUUCUGUAUACCCCACCCUUCCCCGACCUCCCUCACCGGGGAGCCUCGGGCUGUUUUCCCCUACGCUCAGACCACUCAUAGCCUUGCUGCCUACCUUUCCCCAACCUCUGCCUUCCAUACUUCUCUCAUCGUGGCCCAUCAGCAUCUCAAGUUCUCUUCUCUGUUCUUCCCAAGGUCCCUUAGUCCCCCCUUUCCUCCCUCAUCUCUACCCAACAUUUCCCAGACUCCAGGGUCUGUGCCACUCAGGCGGCAGAUGAUGAGGCCGGCCCCAUUUCCAGUCCUGUAAAGUGGAAGAACCGUGAGGGGAAAAACGGGCAAAAGGUUCGGGAACUCCUUUCUGUACUGACUUCUUGUGAAUCUGUAACCAUUUCCAAAUAAGAAGUUUAAAAACGCAUUCAA